CCAACCUGGCCGUCCUCCUGCUCCGGCCAGGCAGCUGCGUCAGGGAGGAGUGGCCGAGGCCGCAGCUUCUCCGCCGGGCUUGAUCAGAAAGAUGAGCCGAGUCAGGGCAGCUGCUGGCUGUGGCGACGCCACGGUGGACUCAUUGACUGGAUUCACACGUCCCGGUGGGCGACCCCGCGUGGUUUCUGUGACUUUUCUGCCCAGGUCAGCUCCACUUCCUUGAGUUCUCCGACGAGCCGCGGGCCCAUGAACGCACCCACCCUCCAUCCGCCCAUGGGACCCGGCAUCGGCAGCUCCCUGGGGUCCCCCAGCCAGCUGCACUCGCCCAUCAGCACGCUGAGCUCGCCCAUCAACGGCAUGGGGCCGCCGUUCUCCGUCAUCAGCUCCCCAAUGGGGGCUCACUCGAUGUCCGGCCCGUCCACCCCCGGCCUUGGAUUUGGAACCGGCAGCCCACAGCUCAAUUCGCCCAUGAACCCAGUGAGCAGCACGGAAGACAUUAAGCCCCCCUUGGGCAUCAACGGGGUCCUCAAAGUGCCAGUGCACCCCUCGGCAGCCAUGGCCUCCUUCACCAAGCACAUAUGUGCCAUCUGCGGCGAUCGCUCUUCAGGUAAACAUUACGGGGUGUACAGCUGCGAGGGCUGCAAAGGCUUCUUCAAGCGGACGGUGCGGAAGGACUUGACCUACACCUGCCGUGACAACAAAGAUUGCUUGAUCGACAAGCGCCAGCGGAACCGAUGCCAGUAUUGCCGGUACCAGAAGUGUCUUGCCAUGGGCAUGAAGAGAGAAGGGAUGGAGCACCAUCCAUCCCGGCCCACAAGACUCCCUGGAAGGCAGGAAGAACAAGCUGUGCAAGAGGAACGGCAGCGAGGGAAAGAUCGCAACGAAAAUGAGGUGGAGUCGACGAGCAAUGCAAACGAGGAGAUGCCUGUGGAGAAGAUUCUGGAAGCGGAACUCGCCGUGGAGCCAAAGACCGAGACGUACAUUGAAGCAAACAUGGGCCUUACUCCAAAUUCGCCCAAUGACCCAGUCACCAACAUCUGCCAAGCUGCGGACAAGCAGCUCUUCACACUGGUGGAGUGGGCAAAAAGGAUCCCCCAUUUCUCGGAGCUGCCCUUGGAUGACCAGGUCAUCUUGCUCAGGGCCGGCUGGAAUGAAUUGCUGAUUGCCUCCUUCUCUCACCGGUCCAUUGCCGUGAAGGACGGCAUCCUCCUCGCCACUGGCCUCCACGUCCACCGGAACAGCGCCCACAGCGCGGGGGUUGGCGCCAUCUUUGACAGGGUAUUGACAGAACUCGUGUCAAAAAUGCGGGACAUGCAGAUGGACAAGACGGAGCUGGGGUGCUUGCGAGCCAUAGUCCUCUUCAACCCUGACUCGAAAGGGCUUUCCAAUCCUGCUGAGGUGGAGGCUCUGCGUGAGAAGGUGUAUGCGUCACUCGAGGCCUACUGCAAGCACAAGUAUCCUGACCAGCCUGGGAGGUUUGCCAAGCUGCUGCUCCGCCUCCCAGCCCUUCGGUCCAUCGGCCUGAAAUGCCUGGAACACCUCUUCUUCUUCAAGCUAAUAGGGGACACACCGAUCGACACCUUCUUGAUGGAGAUGCUGGAAGCUCCCCACCAAAUGACUUAAACGAUGGCCUCUGGCAAGAGUUGCCCCCUGUCCUGCCACCGCCGCCACCACGACGCCUCCCGCUCCACUGCUGCCACCUCUUGUCCUUGGUGCAAAAGCCUCCUCCUUUGGCCCACCCUGGGCCGCUCACCCGGUGAACUUGUGACGCAGCCCCGUUGCCACGCCGUCUGUCUCCGUGUGUCUGAGCAUCGGUGUUCAUGGUUCCUUCCACAGGUGUCGAGACGGUGGGUUUCAAAUGUGCGGUGGUCACCCCCCACCACGCACCUCGGCACCCCUUUUCCAGCACAGGCAGAUUUUGGGUCCUGCCCAGCUCUCCCAUGUUUGUGGCCUUGUUUGUCCUUUCCACAUGUGCAUGCGCACACACAAGCAUACACACAGACCCCCACACACACACCGCCAGGACACGCAGAAAAGCCAAUGUGUUCACGUCAUUCACAGCACACAGCUGAAACUCUGGAUAUCAUCUCAUGCAUUUGGAUUCAACUCAGCAGGAUCCUGCUAGAGCCAUAUUUAAAUUAUGAACAAGGCUUUCUGGGAAACAGGGUGCAGUGGGGUCAGAAUUCCAUGUGGGCAUGAAGGGCAGGUUUUACGCUCUUCUUUUCAUUUCCAGCAUCCAAAGAUGUCAUUUUCUCAGUAUUUGAAUGAACUUGUCAGUGUUUUAAAUCUGUAACGGCCAAGGCUGGAGGUCCACCUUUGCUCGUAUCAUAACCCACAAUGCAUGGCAGUUCUGUGCCCAGGGGCGGUGGGAGGUCUCGGUGGCUUGGCUGCAGCGGAUGGUCGUUCUCCCGCUGUUUAGCGGAACGGAGGGGAAAAGCAAAUGCUGGCGAGGUGGAAUGUUCGGUCAGAGAAGCCCAGGAGAGCGGAGUGGGAAGGGGCGGGCGGCAAGCAGACCCGCGCCCUGCUCGGUGCAGGACCCCCAUGGACUGGCUGCCUCUUGAGUGCCUCUCAUGUGCAAGAGCCCAAAGCCUCCCUGGGCCACGAGUGCCAUCCUCGUGCUGCUCUAACAGCCAGGAAUUUUUUCCUGGUAUCUGUCUGAGUCCUGCUCUCUGGGAUGACUGAGAAGCAAUCCCAGCCUUCCUUGAAACAUGCAACCGUAUCUCCCUUCUCCCUUAUGGGGCUUUGUUUCCAGCCCCCAGAUCAUCCUUGUUGCCCUCCUCUGAACCUUUCCGGCUUGUAUGUAUCUUUCUUGAACUGUGGCUCCCGGAACGACACAGCGCUGCAGAGGAGGCCGCACCAGUGCCGAGCAGAGGAGGCUGAGGACUGGGUGUGAUUUGGAAGCGAUGCUUCUGGGAAUGCAGCCCAAAAUAGCAUUUGCCCUUUUUGCAGUCACAUCAGAUUGCUGACCCAUAUUCAGCUCGUGAUCUUCAACAACUGCAAGGCCCUUCUCACUUUUAGUAGGUUGAGCAGCUGUAACGAUGCAUGUUAUUUCUUUUUCCUAGGUGCAGAACUUGGUAUUUGCCCCUGUUACAUUCAGUUCUGCAGUUUCCAGUCCAAUGUUCCAAUCAAUCAAAUCACUUUGAAUUUUGUUUCUGUCUUCCAAGGAAUUAACUAUCUCAUUACAUUUUGCAUUAUAUGCAGAUUUGAUCAGCAUUCCCAUCACCUGCUUAUCCAAAUCAUUAAUGAAAAUGUUGACGAGGCCCAGGCCCGGGACUGAGCCCUGUGCCCCCCACUUGAUCCCUCUCCCCACUCUGGGAAGGUGCCACUGAGGAGCACUCUGAGCGUGAUUCCGUAGCCAGUGCAGACCCACCUGAAAAUUGUAGCCCAUUUUGAGCAACUCAUGGGGCACUUUGUCAAAAGCUUUGCUGAAAUCAAGAUAUAUUAUGUCCACAGCAUUUCCAAGAUCCACUAUGGAGGUUACCUGAUUUAAAAAAAAAAAAAAAAUAGAUCAGUUUAGUCUGGCAGGAUUUAUUUUUGACAAAUCCAUGUUGGCUUCUAGUCGUCACAACUUUGUUUUGAAGGUCUUUGCAGACUGACUGCUUUCCAAUCUGCUCCAGAAUUUUCCCAGGCACUUAUGUCAGACUCCAUAGCAUGUAGUUCCCAGGUUCUUCCCUUUUCCCGUUUUUGAAGACAGGGACAUCAUUGGACCAACUCCAGUCAUCUGGCACUUCCCCUGUUCUCCAGGAUUUUCCAAAAUAAGAGGCAGUGGCUCUGAGAUUCUUGCGCAGUGGAUUGGGCCAUGGAGAGUUUGUCUAGCUUCAAGUACUGAGGAGUACUUGAAACCAUUGCCAGAACUCGAAAUGCGACCCUGACCCUUCUCUGGCAUGUCACCUUUGCCAGGGUGGUCACACCCCACUUACGGAGCCGAUUGAGCCAAAGGAGGCACUGAGCACGCCUGUCUUUGUCCCCUCUUACCGCUUCGUCAUCUCCACCGAGUCGCUGAGCCACCAUCGCUCUCCUCUGUCCUCUCUGCAGGUGGCUCUGAAGAGGGCUUUUGGCAUCCCUCACCAACCUCAGCGCAUUCUUAGCCAUAGCCUUCCCAGCACCUUCCCAGCAGCUCCACGUGCUUCAUCUGCACCCUUCCUGUGCAGCCUGGUUUCCUUCCACUUCCCUUUUUGUCUCCAGGUCACCUCUGAGCUUUCCGUAGAGUUGCAGUGGCUUCCUCUGGUGUCGCCUCCCUUUUCUUCUUGUGGAAAUCGCUUGUACUUGUGCCUUCAUAAUUUCCCUUUUUUCAAAAUGUCCUCCCAUCUUGGACCACUUUUCCAUUAGAGUUGUUGGCCAUGGGACCCUGCUUAUUAUUGUUCUGAGUUUAUUACAAUCAGCUUUCCUAAAAUCUAGGGUACAUGUCUGGGUAUUCUCAGCUUUUGCUUCUUUAGACUCAAGAAUUCAAUUAAGGCGUGCUCACUUUCUCCUGGAGUUACCAUGACUGCUGCUUCGUCCACAGGCUCUUCCCUGUUGGUUAGAAUCACGCCAAGGGCAGUCAUGCCCCUAGUUCCUACCCUCACUCACUGUAGGAGGAAGCUGCCAGCAACGCAUGUUCGGAGUCUCUUGGGGCCAUGGUGGCCGGAAUGCAGAUAUCAGGGGCAUGGAAUUCGCCCAUCGUGACUUCUUGAAACACUGGCAGUUUGCUUCUCAGACGUUUCUGCAUCUUCUCCUUGACUGGGUGACUUGUAGAUGCUGCCCCCGUGUCCUCUUCAUGCUCUGCUCUGUUUAAUUUGAUCGAGAUGCUCUCAUUGGGUCUGCUAAGCUCAUCCUCUUGUACUUCCUUGCAGGGAUAUCUGUCUUUAACAUACAGCAGGACUCCAACCCCUGCUCUGGUCUUCCUGAGCAAGCUAUAGCCUUCAUUUGAUGAUUCCCACCCAGUUUCAGUUACCCCUCUCAGGCUGCGUCGGCCCUGGGCUGUGUGUUUCUUAUGCUCAGAGCUCGAGUGUGUAGAAAUCAGAGACCAAGUGCUAGAGAGCUUUCCUCCUACAUUUUUGUAAGACUAUUAUUGGGAGCACUCAGAGCUGCCCUUCCCAUUGUGCUGCGUAGGCCUCUGUCUGUUGUCCCCCCCCGCCCCCAUUUUUCUUCUCCCUCCUCAUGGAAUUCCAUUUAAAGCCCUUCUGAUAGAAUCUCUCCUGCUGAGGCCACGCACCGUCUCCCCAGCCCUGGUGGGGUACAUGCCAUCCCUUGCCGGUGGUCCCAGAAUCCAGGUCUCUCAUGUCAACACCACCUGGGCAGACAGACAUUCAGCUGGAGUAUUUUUCCUCCUCCUCUUCUUCCUCUGCCCAGUACUGAAAGGAUGAAUGAGAAAAUUAUCUGGCCCUGGAAGCUUACUACUCUGACAGGCUCCAGAAAACUCUUCUGAAGAUGGCGCUCUUUUCCGUUUCGAAUGCAAGAGGCACCUUUUGCGUGUGUGGGUCUACUUCAAACAAAAAGCAAAAAGUAUGGGCAGAGCUCACAGCUUUUCAGCCCCCCAGACGUGUUCGCCUGCAGAGUGAGGUCUCGGGCCUGCAGAGCUUCACAGGCGGUUGCUCAGGAAGACAAAAUCAAGCUCCUAGUCCCUCAGAGUUCUGACCACUCACUCACAAGCCUGUGCUCCCUUGGUAGCAGCACCCUGGAAGCCCAUGCGUGCUUUUCUUUCUUUUCCUCAAAAGGAAACCAGAAAAACAGCAUGGGGCCGGGUGACCUGCUGAAAGAAAGAGGAUGUUCUUGGUCGUGUGGGUCAAGGCCAGGAGGGCCAUGGCUGAGGCUGGAGGCUCCCGGGGGUGCCCACCCAGGGCGAGCCACGCAGGGCGCUCCCAUGCUCGCUGCGGCGGUCAGCCGGAGGCACCCACAGUUGCCCAUGAGCUUGCACAUCACAGGUCCAGGGCUGGCGGACUCGAAGACUCCAGCGUUCCAGACCCUUUGAGGACCCCCCUUGCACAGGGGGAGGGAUCAUGUUUAGAAUUACGAUGGGAAGUUCUCAGCACCUUCCCCAAAUAAUGCAAAUGUGACAGCCAAAGACUUGUGGACUUUGCACCCACCACCAUGGCCUUACAGCACCCGGCCACCUCCUUCCCUCCCAUUUUAGAGACAGAGAAGCAGAGCAAGGUGGAAGGGGUCUCCCGGGCCAUCUAGUCUGACCCUGGCUCCAGCCAGCUCCACUCGUGGCAUCUUCUUCCACACAGCAGGGCUGCUCUUCUCCCUUCCCGAGACCUUUGCAUCAUCUUGCCAAACAACUGAGCCGUCGUUUAUUAUCAUCAUUCUAACCACACACUGGCUGCAUAAGCAUGGCGACCUGGGCUCAGAAAUACUUGCAACGAGGCAAAGCCUCGUGUUUUCCAAGGGAAAGACCAGAGGGUGACAGAGAGCACGGAAGAGCUGGCUGUGGCAGGGCAGGGGCAGGCGCUCGUGGCCGGCGCAGCCCCGCUUGCUCACGGCUGUCAUGCGCGGGACCAGGGGCCCAAAGCGCACGUGCCGUUGGCAGGGUGGCUCUGCCUUUCCUUGCUGGGGCCUGCGGGCGUGUGGAGUGCAAUUCCUGGCAACCUCAUCAGCACACCUGAAAGGUGCCGUCCGGUACCCUGGAGGGCACCUGGCAGGCAGGACCAAGAUGCUCUGGGGUGCGCAUUUAUACCCCUGAUUCUUGACUGGGUCUCCACACUCAGCGCCAGGCAAGGAGGGCGAUUCCAAGAGGCAAAGCCGUUCCAUCCAGAUCUGUCUGGAGGGACGUCUUUUCAGGGACUGGUGAAACGCUCCUUUCUGGAGCACACGGAUGGUCGGGGCAGGAGCAUUCAUCUCCGGAAAAUCUUUGGAUCACCGCACGUGCUUGGGCUCAGUCUUGCUCCUGUUUCCCAGCCUGGUUUGCUGAAAUAUCCUAAUUUGCACGGGUUUUCUUAACAGACUGAAUGGGCCGAACUGCCGUCUGUGGAGGCACUUGGUGCAUUUUGGGGGAGCUCUGCAGAAUCUCGCGCUGCUAGGUUUGUGCAAGCUUCCCACUCACGCAGAGCGAGCAGAGAUUGCAAAAGGGCACUGGACCCAGGGCACGGGCUGGCCCAGCGCUUGGAGACUCUCGGGGGCCUCCAGCGUGGCUCUCGCAUCCGCCUGCCGUGGGAAAGAGCCAAAGGGUUCCGAAAGCCUUUCCCAUGCUGAGCGAGCUGGACCCCUCUUUGCCUCCAGGGCCCCUUCGCUGGUGGGCCGAGCUUCCCACCCCAGGGUGGACCAGUGGGUGGGCAAGGGCACGGCCUGGCAUGAGACCGCAUGGGACAUGCUCAGUGGAGACACGUAUGUGUACACAUGUAUGUAGUGUAGAUAGAGACACUGUAUAAAGUAUCAUUCACAUAUACAUAUGUUAUACCCACUUUAGUGUUCCCUUGUGCUCUUGGUUUUUUUAAACUUUAACUCUUCUCUCCAUAUUUUCGUUUGCUUUAUGAAAGCGAGUGUGUCACAUUGGAACCUGCCUGUCUGCCCGGUCCCCAUCCCUGUGAGUUGGUGGUCUCCAAGGCCAAACCCUGCAGCCCAAGAAGAGGGACUUUCUGCAUCUAUUUUAAGGUGCUUUUCUGGGGUGGGGGUGGCGUAACAGGAGGGGAGAACAGCAGGUAGACCGAACAAUAGCUUUAGCAAAUUCCCAACACUUAGGAAUACCGAUGCCUUCGCUAUGGAGCUCAUAGCUUUAAAAAAAAAAAAAUUAGAAAGCAUUAAAAAAAAGAAAAAAAUAAAUUUUUAAAAAAAGAGAAGGUAAGCAAAAUAUCUAAAGCAUCAAUAAAGUUAAAUAUCUAUUUUUGUACAAAUGUAAUUUUAUCCCUUACAUAUUCUUAGAUAAUUUGAGGUUGGUUUUCUGGGGGUGGGGGGAGGAGGGGAAUUCUCUGCUUUUAUAGCCUCUUCUCUGAGUCCCCCGUUCACAUGCCCAGCCUUUGUACCGUGUUGACAUGUCUUUCCAGUGAGUGGAUUUUUAUCUCCUCCCAACCCACCUACUUUUGGAUUCCCAAAACAGGGCCCUUUGUCGCGUCCCUUGCUGCCCCCCCCCCCCACCACUGCAUCGCCAUGCAGGUCAACUUUACUGUGAAAUCACUACCGCGUACUAUUGUUCACUAAAAAAUUAAGUAAAUGAAAAAAAUUGCUGGAAAUGCCAGUAUUUUGAAGAAAUGUAUUAGAAUUGUUUAAAAAAGUAAAAAGAAAAUAUAUGAGCAUUUUAAAAUAUAAUACAGUUCUAUUUCUCUUUUA